GAGCAGCAGCAUGGAGGCAAUUUGUAAAGUCAGAGCUCAUCAAUCUACAGGCCUUGAGAAGACCAUCACUGUGUUCAGGGGCGACACCAGCCUGGGUAUGACAGUGAGUGCGCUAAAAGAUGGCUCAGGAAUAUCCAUCCGUUCUGUACUUAGCGGACGCGCUAUAAGUAAAGAUGGCAAGCUGAAAGUGGGAGACGUCAUCUUAGCCCUCAAUGGAGAACCUACCAUUAACCUCACCAACGCACAGGCUCGAGCAAUGCUACGCAGACAUUCACUUAUGGGACCUGAGCUCAGUGUGACAUAUGUACCCGCUGCAUGCUUCGACAUGCACCAUGCCAUCCAAUCCAAACAAGAUGUCAAAGCAAACCCAGCGAAAGUCCUCCAAACAGAACAGGAGCCAAAACCAGACCAAACCACCGUCGCCCAGUCAAAACAGGAAUUAAAAAUGGGCCGAGCCACCACUGCUCAAUUCUUUCGGGGACAUAAACCUCUUGAUACAAAGUGGGGAUGUAUUCAUGAACAAACUAAAAUAGAAGGAAAAAGAGUUACUGAAAAUUCUUGUAAAGAAGGAGAGAAGGAACAAGCAUUGAAUACAGUAUGGCCUAUAUGUGGACCUGAUGCAGAGAGGAAAGGCGAACAGGAAGGAGAAGCAAGAGAUAGAGUGUUUUCACUGCAAGCAAAAGGAUGGAGAAAAGAAGAGACAGAGGACAAGAGGCAAAGAAGUGAUCAGGGAUCGUGGAGUCGUCCCAGGAGGGUGACACUAAUCAGAAACAAUGGAGAAAGUUUUGGCAUCAGUGUGAUUGGGGGACGGGGCAUGGGCCAUCGCAUCAGCAAUGGAGAAAUGAGGCGGGGCAUCUUUAUAAAACACAUCUCCGAGCACAGUCCAGCGUCCAGAGACAACACACUAACACCUGGAGAUCGAAUAUUACAGGUUGGAGACGUGGAUGUGAGUGAUUUCACUCAUGAGGAAGCAGUGGAGGCAAUUCGUCAGGGAGGGGACAAAGUGGAACUGUUAGUGCAGAGCCCACAGACGUGUGAGGAUGCCAAUAAUCAACUCCUCUCCCCAUCCAGCCCUUUCAGCUCCAUUCCAUAUAAGGUUCAUCCACCCAUCAAUCUUACAGGAAACAGUUUGUCGAAAAAUUCGACACCACACCCAGCUCCACCUCUCUCGAGGCUCCCCUCAGGGCCUGUCAGCUUGUUAACAGACAGAGUUACAUCCAAAAAGGAUUUAGAAAGACUGAGUGGGGCAUCAGGGAGUACACAGCAUUGCCAAAAGGGACAAAUGUCAUACUGGGGUCAGAUGCAACAGAAAUACAGGAGUUUGCCCGGUGAGCUGAAACUGGUAGAGCUGGACUGCAGCAAUAACACAUCUGGUCUGGGAGUGUGUGUCUCAGAAAUACAAGCUGAUGGAGUUGCCGCUGCUGAUGGGCGAAUCAGGGUGGGAGAUGAGCUGCUGGAAAUAAAUGAGCACGUUUUCUAUGGUCAGAGUGAGCAGAAUGCAGCUGCGGUUAUCAACAGUGUUUCAUCUAAAGUUAAGAUUGUACUGAUCAGGAAUAAAGCAGCACCAAAACACUCUGCAACAGGAUCAAUAAUGGAGGCAGAAGACACCACCAACACAUCACCAUUGGCUACGAAUGAAGAGCACAAGCAUGAUGCAACGGUGACGCAGGAAGAAAAGAUGAGAUUAGAUAAACAGAAGCCUUGUCCUUAUAAAAAUCCUCCAGUCUCCAUCAACGCCUCGUCAAACCACGAGCCUCUACAUGACCCUACUCCUUCCUUCUCUCACAUCACUCCAACCAGUCAUGUUCCACCUACAUCACACACCACUGCAGCCAGUCAUGCACACAUCAUUCACCAUAAACAAUCCUACUACAGUUCCAUCAUCAAUCCCUCUGCCUCUGGAGUACAGACAUCUUCCUACUGUUCCGCAUGCAGUGUGAGAUCAGACCCUCUGACAUGUCCUAUCAUCCCCGGCUGCUUAAACAUCAUAGAUAUCUGUAAAGGACGCUCCGGUCUGGGUCUUACCAUCGUGGGUGGCUGCAACACAUUACUGGGAGUGAUUCUGAUUCAUGAGGUGAAUGAAGGAGGCGCUGCUCAUAGAGAUGGGAGAUUAAUGGCAGGAGAUCACAUCCUUGAGGUGAACGGUAUAGACCUGAGAAUGGCCAGUCAUGAGGAGGCUCUGAGUGUUUUGCGUUUGACUCCCCAACAUGUACGCCUUUGUGUGUACAGACACAUGACCACACACACCUUUAACAACCAAGCUCACACUCAUGAGGACAUGUGGGAACUUUUCCCUGUGGAUCUGCAGGUGCAACCAGGCCAGGACCUGGGCCUGAGCAUUGUGGGUAAAAGGAACGACACUGGGAUCUUUGUGUCUGAGAUAAAGCAGGGAGGGGUGGCUGAGUCAGACGCCAGACUCUCACUUGGUGAUCAGAUUCUGUCAGUGAAUGGAGAGGACAUCAGAGCUGUGACUCAAGACUACGCCCGCACACUACUACAGAACUGCAGUGGAUCAGUGUUGCUGGAGAUAGCACGUUUUAGAGCUACUCCACAUUAUCCAUACGAGUGCCAGAAUAAUCUUCCAGGUUGGUGAUGUAAACGCUUCAGUUCCCCGAUCUCCUGCUUCUUGUUAACCUUUGGAAGAGAAUGUAAAAGAAAUGUGAAGCCUAUGUCUGGCAGGUCUUGGUGAGGGAUAAGCAGACCUUCAAGAGAAACACAUUCAGGAGAAACUGGAGACUCUGAGACGCACCAGGGGUGACAUUAUCCAUAUGGUCUCACACACACUUUGUACAAUCACGAUGGCAAAUACAGUAUUGUUUACUACAGUCCUAAAAAUAAAACAUGGAUUUUAAAUCUUGAUAGAACGCACUUUUAGCUGUGAAGUGGACAAUAAAAAAAACACUUUAAAAAUCCAAACGUCCACCAGAAAUCCACCUAUACGUUUCUUGAAGUAUAUAUUUUGUGUUCUUUUACUUAAAACCCCUAAAAUCCCAGGAAAUAUCAGUAGGCGCAGGCUUUACAUUCACCAUCCCUGUAACUAUACACAGUUUCCUGAGUUUAACCGUAGGCACUAAAUAAUUCACAGUGGUUACUAAAUAAAACGCUUUAAUAUGAAUAACUAAAGCAAAACCAGGAAUCCUGGGACCUAACUCUGACUUCUAUACUUCAUAAGCAAGAAGUAAAAUCUAUAUUAUAUCCUCUUGAGACCCGAAUACACUUAUAUGAGGACAUGACAUUUUCUCCCAGCUUCCUUGACUAUAAAUAUUCCUAGUUAAAGACAUUGAUUAAAUCUAUAGCUUAUACAACAAUAGAGUCCAGGUCUCAGGAGAAUAUCACAGCAUUCAUGCAAAGUGUAAUUAAAACUUAAAAAUGACUAGAAAAUCUAGUAUAGUUCAAUCAUCAUCUUUUUUUUUUACCCAGUAUAUACAGCACAACUCCAGAGUUAUUAAUUGGUGACUGGAAAUGAUAAAUCCUCAUAGAGCAGCUGUAACAAUCAGACAAACCCUCUUGCAGACUCGCAUUGCUCAGUGGGAGAAGACAACAAAUGCAGAUGAUUAAGUUUAGUAUUCUGAAAUGAUUAAAUCUGUCAUUAAAUUCUAUAUCUUUGCUUCACUUCAACUAAAGCGGAAAGGAAUGUGAAAAUAUCUGUAAGGAAAACUACAGAAGUAAAUACUUCAAGAUUUAAAAAAAAAUUAAUAGAUAUUUAAACACCUCAUGGACAUGGAUGUUUAGCUAAAGAUUUAAUUACUGAACCAUUAUUCUUGCUCUGAGGAAACUAGGAUUGAAAUGCAUUUAUUUUUAUAGAUACGUUUUAUAUUUCACUCAAACCUACAUACUUCAGUUGGACUGACACUCUGAAGCAUUCGUGAUUACAGAAUUGAAUUUAAAUUUUUAAAGCACAUUGUAUUGUGUUAAAAAAUCUACCUUUUUAAUGCAGUAAAGUAUGAUACAUUUAUAUGGUUUUGACUCUUCUAUGUACUUCACUCAA